GGUUCAAAAUCUAUCCAUACGAGCUUAUAAUCUAAAAGAAAUCAAUCCCUUUGCAUUACGUGACCUAGCCAAGUUUCUCUGUCUUCAGCCUUGUCUCGUCGACCUGAUGAUACACGACGUAGAUUGGGGAUACGGCACAAAACGGCUACAUGAUGAAUUCUACCACGAACUUGCUCGUCUUGCUUCCUCCUCAAAGGUUCAAAAGUUAUCCUUAGAGGAUAAGAAUUCAGAAAGGAAUGAUCCAUCAGCAUCACGUGACCUAGCCACGUUUCUCUGUCUUCAGCCUUGUCUCACAGACUUGACGAUAAAUCGGUUUAAUGGAUAUAUACAUGAUGAUUUCUACCACGAACUUGCUCGUCUUGCUCCUUCCUCAAAGGUUGCAAAGUUAUCCGUAGGAGGUUGUAAUCUAGAAAAGAAUAAUCGCACAGCAUCACGUAACCUAGCCAAGUUUCUACGCCUUCUGCCUCGUCUCAUUGACCUGUCGCUAGAGACCUCUGGCAAUGAAUACAAACAUCUUUACCUUCAUGAUGAUUUCUACCAGGAACUGGUUUUUCGGGCCUCAUCCUCAAAGAUUCAAAAGUUAUCCAUAGAAGGUUGUAAUCUAGAAAGGAAUAAUCGAACAGCAUCACGUGAUCUAGCCAUGUUUCUCUGUCUUCAGCCUCGUCUCACCGACUUGACGAUAAAAGACUCUGACGAUGAAUGCAAACAUCUUUACCUCCAUGAUGAUUUCUACCACAAACUUGCUCAUCAGGCUUCUUCCUCAAAGGUUGAAAAGUUAUCUGUAGGAGGUUGUAAUCUAGAAAGGAAUAAACUAUCAGCAUCACACGAACUAGCCAAGUUUCUAUGUCUUCUGCCUCGUCUAACUGACCUGUCGCUAAAGACCUCCGGCAAUGAACACACACAUGAUGAUUUCUACCAGGAACUGGCUAGUCGGGCCUCGUCCUCAAAGAACCGUUUCUUUAACAAGAAAUCAGAAGAGUUUAAACACAUGGAUCAAAGGGAAAAACGUGAAUACAUCAGACGCUUCGUUCACCCCACAUUGUCAGAGAAAACAACCCGUUCAACUAGUAGAGCGUGUGAACCUCAGUCGUCAUACCAAGGGUCCGUGCAGCAACAGAUAGAAUACUCAUCAGUCGACACCCCACUAGAUGUAGAUGUUCCCUCAACUAGCGGAAUAAAUGCACAAAGUGGCCAAAUACCUGACGGCCCACCUGCUAGAGGUCAUUUUCAACCAAAAAGGGAAAACCAAACCAAAAGGAGCAGUGGUUCCAAGGAUGACAAUCUGGAUGGAACUCCAAGGAAGAGAAAAAAGAAGACAAACCACCAGACCUCUCUUAUGGCUUCCAAAUUCAAACUUUGAUGUGUGCUCAUUAGAUCAAACGUUGAGUUUUGGGAAAGGCCAAAACAAGUUGAGAGUUUUCUUCAUUCUUCUUUUUUGUUGGGUUUGGAAGAAUACAACAGAAAGAACAAAGUCUGACAGAAUGGCUCAUUAAAUGUUCUCAUGGUCUAAAUAUGACAAUAAAUUUCUGAAAUAUCUGGACCAAAUUUCAUACCACAUGUUUGGAUACCAAAUCUGUAAAUGGUUCAUGUGGCUUUCAUCAAGACUAAGUCAAAAAUUUUCUUUUUGAUAUGAUGAUCCCGAGUCCUCGCAAGAGUCGCAAUACACAGUUAUGUGCGACAUAACUUUUCUAAUCACUUGCAGUCAAUUCCUUUGACUAUUCAAUCGUCUGACAAGCACUCAACUUUAUCUGUAAGCAAUUGUUGUAGGUUGACGCAUAUCAUUACAUUCCAAAAAGAAAAUGAAAUGUAAACAGGUACCUGGCAGGAAUUAAUUCCUUGAAAUGCUGGAGCGUUGAUAUGGCAGCUAGGCUAAAGCCGGGGUAAUAAUAAAUGCGCCUCAGAUUAGAAUUUUUAGAUAGACGGUGCUAUAGAAAUGCCUAUUAUUAUUAUUAUUAUUAUUAUGUAUCAAAUAUCUAAUAUACAAGAUAAAGUGCAAUAAACGAGUCUUUCAGUAUGUACUACAUAUAGUGCUUUGCUGAGCGAAAUUUAUUUUGUGUUUUUUUUAAAGCAGGUUGGAAAUGAAAGCACAUUUUUAACAAGUGCAAUAUGGAUUAAUUAAUGUGUUACCCAAAUAUAUCGAAGCAGAACAUAAUUUGUGGCAUACUAAAGAACGGUUGGUGGCAAUUUUGCAGGAGCUAAUCUUUAAAAAAGCAUAUUGUAGACAUAAAUAAUCGUUGAAUAUGGUUAUUUCUAAUCCGUUCUCCACUGGUCAGAACAAAAGUAAAAUUGUUUUUACAUUAAUCUGUAGAUUGUGAUAUUCAUGUUCAAUUAUGUCGUUAAUUUGAUAUUUUAUCAGUUGAGUCUGUUUUCUCUCAUGUUCUAACUUCACAUGUCGGUGCUAUCUUUACAGUUAUUUUUAUCAUUUUACUGAAUAAACAUGUAUCAUGUAUAAACAUUAAUCAUGUAUAGCUUUGACUGCUGUAUGUCAGAAGUAUUGUGUCAUUUUCAUGAAUUUUAUAUCAUGGCGUUGCCUUACUAUUGCAUACCGGUUAUUGUUUUCAUUUUUUUUUAGUCCGUAUAUGAUGUUAUAAUAUGUUUAUAUUUUUGUGUGUAGAUGCAUGUAGUACAUACAUAUGUAGAUAUGUUUCAUAUUGCUUUAUCUGCUUCUAUUUGUGUAUUUUGUUGAUUUGAUAUUUAUUUACCAUCUCCGAUGGUCGUUCUGAUGUUCUGACGUUACAAAUACUUAUCAAUUUCCAGAAACCAGUUUUAAUUUGAUGAUGGAAAUUUAAUUAGGCAGUGAUUCUGUUCAUUAUAGUAUUACAUGUAGCUGUAUCCAUUGCUGUCCAGUCCAAAGUACAGUGUCCAGUCACUCCAGCAUUAAUUUCAGUCUGUAUAUGAUGCAUAUGCUCAUAUUGCAUUUAGCAUUAUAUGCAUUGCCAUAGUGUUGUGAAAUCUGCUUCCAUUUUUAUUUUUUGUUGAUUUGAUAUUUGUUUAACAUUUCUGAUUGAACUCUAAAUAUCCUAACGUAUACAACAGCGUCAGCGCAAGCAUGGAGAUGAGCAAGUACUUUUGUUGUUCCUGCCAGAUACCAUUAUAGGGGGUGAUUCUGUUCAGUCUAGUUUUAGCGGUAUAAUUGUACAGUCCAAUCAACAGUGCCUAAGCAUUUUUACAUGUGACAAUUUUCUAGGCCCUGAAACACAAAGCUUAGCAAUUGGCCGUACGCGACUGGUCAUUGAUUUUUGCGAUCGAUUGCACAAAGUGAUCAAUGCAAUCAAUAGCAAAAUUCAAUUGUAUGAUCAAGUGCUACGUUUUGUGUUUUAUAAUACGGGGCCCUGAUCACAAUGACCUGUUUAUUACACAAAACGUAAUUUGUAUUUAUUUUGUUGAUUUGAUAUCCAUUUUUUCUCUCGCCUACAUAGCAAAAGCGAGACACAUAUAAAGCGCCGUUUUUCUGGUGACGGCGGUGGCGUCAGUUAAGUUUUGGAAUUUUUAAUAUAAUUUUGAAAGUAUACAUUCCUCUUCCAUGAAACUUGAACAUUGGGGUUAUAAAGUA